AUGAGUGCAAUGAAAAUAUUGAAGCCAAAAUACUUGUAUCCGACAAGAGUGUUAUAUGCAAAGUUGGCCGGCCGGUUUUUCUAUACGUUUGCAAAGUAUAGCGGUAAUGCCACAAUCGAAGAGGUUAUUCAUAGACCAACGCCACUGCUGGUCGAACAAGCCAUGCAUAUCAUGAUGCAGACCUACGUUCUAGUUGCCAGGGAUCCAAGCGAGAAAUUCUUGCAAGCCGUAUUUAUAUCAUUGAUGGUUGCAGAUGAUACGUUUGCUGAAUCAACUGUCCGAGCAAAAACAUUCGACGCUAUCAACUAUUGUCUCAAGUUAGCCGCCUCUGAUUAUAUAUGGCCGCCAACAACAAUGUAACUGAUGUUUUACUGGCAUGGUACGAGACAGUGUACUCCGAGUUUGAGCACUACAGAAGUGUUCACCAUAGGUUUAACAUGACUAUUCCAGCUUUUAAAACAAGAGUAGAUGAAAUNGAUAUCCGGAAAGCAACUAUUGGGGCAGUCAAGUUUAGUAUCGAUGAUCUCAGCAAGUUGGUUCGAUGUUUAGUUAGAGACUACCACAGGCAGGUUGAAGCCUUACUUCCGAGAGGCGUAAUUAUGGUUGACGCCUUUUACGAAGAGUUCAAACGGAAUGCGGUAGAGUUAUUCAACUGUAAGGAUAGAGGGUACAGUGUGUUUUUUGGAACACCAGCUAUUAACGACAGAGCGGCCAAAUGUCUAUUUCGGUUUAGGGAUGCCUUAGGAGAGCUCUGGGAUAAUGCUGAAUACAUGAAAAUCAUAUUGAACAAAUUAAUGAAGUUGAAUUUAAAUAUAUUGAUAUGCAUUAUGAUAACUUGCGGGAGUCCCUUUCGAAUAUCCGAGCUCUAUACUUUGACUUUUGCCAAUACCGUAAGUAUGGCUCGGNCGAUGUAUUUUUNAAACGGACUCAUCCAAUUGAAUAUACAUUACAACAAAACUACCCACAACACGUUGAAGUAUUCCAAUCAUACGAAGGUAUUGCCAGAAGAGGUAUCAAAGAUUGUGAUUCAUUAUGUUUCAGUGGUGAGAUAUUUGGAGAUUGCCAUUUCCGAGAGACAUGGAACGGACGAGAUAUCAAGGAAAUUCAGCGAACCCUCAUACCUGGAGGACACAGACAAUGACGAGUCGGAUAAAGACAACAACGAAAAAAGUAUAAAUGCGAUGGAGAAUCAGUCAAGAAAGGCUAUGUUUCGAACACUAGUAUUCCUAUCCCCAUUAGGUUUGAGAAAAGGUGGACAGGCAUUUGCAUUUCUAGAACGAGUAAGCGAAAAGUAUGUAGGUGAACGGUACACCUCACGACUUUUGCGUCAAGCACUAGUACACUUCACGAGGUUGCUUUUAGCUGAGAGCAAAUUUCGUGAUACGGGAUUUCUCCAUCGUAUAGAUAGGCUCGCAGGUCAUUCGACAACCACGGCCGAUAUGCAAUAUGGAGUGACACAUACGAAUUCGAUGCUACCAAGCGUUCCUGUCAAUAAUAUUGAUAUUCGUAUUGCUUUGGAAUGGCAUAGAAUAUUAGGUUUAGGAGAAAAGGAUGUAAAACCCCUUUAA